GGGAAUUUCGAAAACGCCAGUGGGUUUUAUCAGUGGUUUUAUGCUGAAACAACUCCGUGCUUUUUUUUUUCCCUCUCUCUCUCCUCUUCGUACUAAUUUUUUUCCUCGGUUUUUUUGGAGCGAUUUAGGGUUUUGGGAGGCCCUAAUCUCGCCCUCGACAGCUAUCUCGAUCUCGCGAGAGCGUGGGAUUCGAUCCGGAGGCGAUUGCGUCGCGCUUUUUUGGCGUGAGAUCUGCGGAGUUUUUUUUUUUUGGAAGUCGGAAAUCGGCCUUCAAGGCGAAUAUUGCUGAGGCUUCGAAGUGAUUGAGUUUUUGGGAAAGUUUUGAUUUUGAAUUCGCGCGGCUGGAGUUGGAUUUAACCUAAUAGGGAUUUCGAUUGACCGACAUUGGUGGAGCUCUAGCCGUGACAGGUCUGGAUUUCUGGAAGCUAGUGAGUUUUGAGCUGGAGUGGAGGGCUUCUAAAAGAGAGAUUUUGCUGAAGGAAUUGGGGUCUCUCGUCGAGUUCUGGGGACAUUUCGUGGAGGUUUAGUUGGAAGAGGCUACAAAGACAGAGGCAUUGCUGCAGAUUGUAUCGAUCUGGACGCUGCUAGGGUUUCGAUUGAGCGGGAUUCAGGUACUUCGGAGAAAGAUUCGCCUUUUAGUUGUAUGUCUGCUGUUUCUUUGAUGAUUUCAUAUGAAUGUACUAGACAAUGAGUCCAUUGCUUUGGAAGUUGGAAAGUUUGUUAAAGUAGAAGCUGGUUUCCUCUUGUUUUCAGUUUUCUGCUGUAAUUCUCGAGCAUCUCUUCCACCGUUAGAUACUCUACUAUGGCUUUGUUCGUUUCUAUUUUUAAGUCUUAGAAAUGAGGAGAGCCAGGAGCAUGUCGAGUCUUUGAAUCAGCUGUCUGGGAGAUUGUGUGGUCAUUCGCUUAUUUUGCCCAAUCCCUUGCAAAAAAAAACUUGAAAGAAAGAGGGAUUUGGGGCACUAUAUGUAAUCUAUAUAAAACCUUCAGAGAUCGGCCAAGGUUUGGAAGAGUCUUCAAAAACUUUCCGCAUCCAUGGAGUCCGUUCACCAUUUCAUGAUCAUCCUUGUGCUUGUUGGGGUUCUAUCAGCAUAUCAAUAUAAGGCCCAAUCGACUGGAGGUUCCAUAAUAUCUUCAAGAUCACUGGAUGCACUCCUUCAGGACUAUGCUUUCCGAGCUUUUGUCCGUCCCCGCACCGGAAUACAGUAUGAUGGUCAAGUCCCGUCCAAUAUCACUGGCAUCAAGAUUGCAGCAUUGCGGCUCAGGAGUGGGAGCUUAUAUAACAGAGGAGUUAGCUUCAAGGAAUUCCACAUCCCCAAAGGAGUCAUCGUUCAGCCAUAUGUGGAGAGGCUUGUGCUGGUUUACCAAAACUUGGGUAACUGGUCCUCUACCUACUACAACCUUCCUGGUUUCACCUACUUAACUCCUGUGCUAGGUCUCCUUGCUUAUGAUGCAGUGAAUCUGUCUGCAAACAACUUGCCGGAAUUAGGUGUUAUUGUUUCAAAAUCACCCAUAUCGAUUAAUUUCACAAAUGUAAGCAUGGCACCAAGUGCCAGAUGCGUGUAUUUCAAUUUGGACGGAAUUCCGGAGUUCGGAGAUUUAGUAUCAAGUAGUGCUUGUUUAACAUACCGACAGGGUCACUUUUCCAUUGUGGUCAACACCAGUGGUGUUGCUCCUUCGCCUGCACCAAGUGAAGUCCCAAGUCCCAGUCCAAGCCCUGUUCGCGCCAAGCGUAAUGCGUCUAAGGUGUGGAAGAUUGUUGGUGCUGUUGUUGGUGGGUUCGCCGCUUUGGUUCUAUUGGCAUUGCUUGUGGCAUGGAUGUGUCGGUAUAGGCAGAAAAGAAAGGUGGCAGAGAUGGAACGGCAUGCUGAUGUAGGAGAAGCAUUACAAAUGGCAAGGGUUGGAACCACUCAGGCACCUCUGGCCUCAGGGACACGGACACAGCCAGUUCUUGAGAAUGAAUAUGUUGCUUGAGUUAUUGCAUAGAAUGAGUACCAAACUGGUGCCCUUUCAUUGCUGGUAUGUGAGGAACAAGCUGAGGAUUUUCUUUCAGGUGUUUGAUAUGUACAGAGUGCGUGGACAAGCACCACCAUGUUCUUUUGCCCAACUGUCAAUUAAGAGGUGGAUUUUCCAUGAUAUUGGUUGGGUACUGGGCUCGACAUUUAUUUAAUAUUGGAUGACACAUUCUUUUUGGGGGAAGAUGUUCUUGUGUUUGGAUGGUUCCAGUCCUAGUUGCUCAAUGGUGCCCAUAAUCAUACAGGGUGAAGAUUCAAUAGUUGCAUAAACACGUAAUGCUCGAGAUGGGCAUUUCGUGCUAUGCUCUGGUCUGGAACUGUUUCAAUUAUUUGUUAGGUAAAUGUGUUGAAGCUUUUCAAUAAAGAUGAGGUAUUAUUCUUUUCUUGCUAUCUGAUGCGUUUCUGAUAUGCUCAUAUGUGAAAUUCUAGUUUAAA